AGAGGAAGGAAAGAGCACGUUUGAGGAGCUUUUAUUUUGUUUUUUUGUUGCAGUAGCCCCUCCCCUCAGCGAGCGUUUUACCCUAUCUGGUGGCGGUCCUCGUUUGUAAUUCCUCUCUUGCCAAAGGGUGCUCGCAGUUUUACAUUGUGACCCGUGCCCAACGAUUGGUGGACUUUUACCGUAAGAGCGAACGAACCAGGCGGGAAUGUGAGAGCUGGAGAGCUUUGUUGGAGACGUCGAACAGGGACACCUGACGCGACAGUCUCAAGCGCCCUGCGUUAUCUUGCGUAUGUAGCCUAUGUUUGAAACCUGUUCUACCGCAAAAGGCUGUAGGAAUGUGGGAUAUGUCAACGUAAAAGAACCCAUGUUUCCCUGACGACAUGACGACUGAUCUGAGCCUGACGUCCCUCCUGAAUGUGUCUGAUCUCCACAACGUGACGCGGGGGGGAUGUUCCUUGACCAGAACAGGAUUCCAGUUCUACUAUCUACCCACGGUGUACAUCCUGGUGUUUGUCACCGGCCUGGUGGGGAACAGUCUGGCCAUCUGGAUGUUUGUCUGCCACAUGAGACCCUGGAGUAGCAUCUCUGUGUACAUGUUCAACCUGGCUCUGGCCGACUUCUGCUACGUCCUCUCCUUGCCCUUCCUCAUCUUCUACUAUUUUAAUAAGACAGACUGGAUAUUCGGGGACGUUCUCUGCCGACUGCAGAGGUUCAUAUUCCAUGUCAAUCUGUACGGCAGCAUCUUGUUCCUGACCUGUAUCAGUGUCCACAGGUACACAGGAGUCGUCCACCCGCUCAAGUCUCUGGGAAGACUCAAGAAGAAGAACGCCGUGCUGACCAGCGCCCUGGUCUGGGUCGUGGUCAUAGCGGCGAUCUCUCCCAUCCUCUACUACUCUCGGACGGGCGAGAAACGUAACGCCACCACGUGUUACGACACGACCACAGAGGAUGAGCUGCCGGGUUACUUCAUCUAUAGCAUGUGUUUGACCGUCUUCGGCUUCUGCAUCCCUUUCCUUCUCAUCCUGGGUUGCUAUGGGAUGAUCGUCAAGGAGCUGAUCUGUAACGACAUGAACAACGCCCCGUUACGGCGUAAGUCCAUCCACCUGGUGAUUAUCGUGCUGGCUGUGUUCGCUGUGUCCUACCUGCCCUUUCACGUGAUGAAGAACCUGAACAUGAGAGCCAGGCUGUACUUCCAGGUCCCGGACAUGUGUGCCUUUAAUAACUGCGUUUACGCCACCUACCAGGUGACGCGGGGGCUGGCCAGCCUCAACAGCUGUGUGGACCCGGUCCUCUACUUCCUGGCUGGUGACACGUUCAGGAGAAAGUUCUCCAGAGCUACUCAAAAACAAUCCAAGAAGGGGGAGGGGCUCCCACUGCAGUCCAAGAGUGAAGAGACGGUGCUCAACAGCCUGCCGGAGUAUGUCAAGAACGGGGAUGGGCAGCUUUGAGAGAGGGCUGGGUUUAGGUCCGGGUGGUCUCUCUGAACCUCUAUAGGGCUUUGUGUGUGAAUUUGCUGUGAAUUGGUGCUGUGGACCUUGCAGAUUGUGUGUGCACUGUGGAUAGAACGAUCUGGGUGUGAAUCGGACAAAGCUGAUGGCAAUGGGUAGUGUCUCUGUAAUGUCAUCACUACUGUAGGUAGGUACUGUAUAUUCUGAAUGUCAACGAGGUGCUCAUCCAUCUAUAACCAAACGGAAGGAGAAUGUAAUAGGUUGAGCUCCUGUAAACAAUGGUCUCUUGUUCAUCUAUCCAACCAACACUGAUGUGUUUGUAAUGGAGAGAGGGCUGUGCUAGCCACCCAGUGGAUGCAUCAUAAUCCCCUGCCUACGAGAAGUUGGACUGUGAUGGCUAGGUGAGACACCAGGGAUGACUGAGAUCCAUUAGCUAGAGUUUGGACCUUAUGACUGCUCUGUGGAGGUUGACAUACAAAGAUUAUAAUGCACUGUGCAUGUUUUUAAUUAUCAGACUUCUAUAAAUUAAAUUAAAACCCCAAAGGUGACUGCUAUUCCCUUCUCACUU